UAAAAUUAAGUUGGCAAUAUGAAAAGUAGUGUUUGACUUUGUGGCAGUUGUCAACAAAAAACGCUAAACGUAGAAAGAUAAAGAAGAAAUAAUAUUGAUAGUAAUAAAAACGCGUGUGUUUAGAAUCUCGCAUUUUAUUUAUAUAUAUAAUUAUUUAACGUUCAACUUUACUUUUGCGAGUUAAAUGUGCAAUGACGCCAUUUUUAUCCGUAUCUGUCAAAUCUUCUCAAGAUUGGUCUGUCAAACAUUUAUUUUCGAAGUAAACAAUAAUAUUUAUUAAAAAACCAAGAAUUUUAUUAACUGUUACUUAGGUCAAGUACUUGUGACCAAUAUGGGCAAUACCACUGAUGAUAUGGGUUUCCAAAAGGUCAGAAUAUGAAAAAACUUGAUAAAUAAUUCUGGGAUCAUGCAAGGAUCCACAAAAAUACCUAUUACUGAUCUCAAUGCCUAUAUAACUUGCAAAAUAUGUAGUGGGUAUUUUGUUGAUGCUAGUACAAUAAUUGAAUGUUUGCACACAUUUUGUCGCAGUUGUAUUAUCAAGUAUUUCCAGAAAAAUAAAUACUGCCCAGUGUGCGAUGUGCAAGUUCACAAAUCAAAACCAUUACUCAAUAUCAGACCUGACAAAACUGUACAAGACAUUGUCUACAAACUUGUUCCAAGGUUAUUUCAAAAUGAAAUGCAAAGGAGAAGGGAAUUUUAUGAUAAUCAUCCGGAAGCGAAACCUUCAAGUUUGGAGCAAUGCGGUGUAGUUGCCUAUCAGCAUUUGCUGACUCCAGAAGAAACUAUUUGCCUUACUCUCAGUUACCAUGGAGCUGAUAAUAAACCCAGGUAUUUGCGUUGCCCCGCAGCAGUUACAAUGGGUCACAUAAAAAAAUUGAUCCGUGCUAAAUAUGACCUCACAGAAAGUCAUAGGGUCGAUGUCUUUUACAAUCAAGAUUGCCUUAGUUCUUCCCUAACUUUAAUGGAUGUAGCAUAUAUUUAUUUAUGGAAAAGGAAAGGACCAAUAGAACUUACGUACCGAAUAUAUGAAAAUACUGCGAAAAAAAUAAAACUCGAAGUUCCACACCAUAAUGAAACAACAGGAACAAAUGUAGCCAAUAAUAACAAUAAUAAUAAUAAUAAUAUAAGUAACAAUAAUAAUUGGAAGGAAGUACAAUUGAGAAUAAGUGAAAAUGGUGAAAUGUCGAUAACUGGUAUCCAGGACGCGGCUUUAAGUCCGAGUCUAUUGGAAAUUGUAAAUAGUGAACCAAAGUACAAAAGUGAUGUUACAACGUUGGUGGAAACGCAACCGGUUAAUAAACAAACAACGUCUAAAAAAGAAGUACCAGGAUUAAAAUAUAUCGGUAAAGUGACCACAACAUGUACAAGUUUAUUAAAUAACAUAGCAGUUUCAUCGCAUACAAUAUCCCUGGGUAAUGUCACGAAUACUUACACAUCAGUAAGUUUACCAGCAUUUGUGGAUCCGAUAAUAAGCACUCCAAUUACUAGCGUCACAUUAUCAACGAAAAGUGAUUUUCUAACGGUUUCCCUACCUUCAUCUUCUAUUAGCUGCGCCACAUUAUCUUCGGGUGGUACCACAAUGGUUUUCAGUACUAUAAACACGUCAAAAUGUAGUACGAAAACAGAAGAUAGCAUAUUGAAAGCAGCUCAACCCGAUAUAACCGAAAUAAAUUCAGAAAGAGAUACCGAAAAACCUUUGAAAAGGAAAUUAGAACCGAACGUAGACGUCGAACCGCCCGCUAAACAAUCCAAACCUAUAAUUUUAAACCACAACAUAGGUUUACUGAACCUUUCGAAUAACCAUCCGUUGAAAAAGCAUUCGAAACUGAACAGAAAUGGUGAAAACUUGAAGGAUUUACAAAAAGUCACGUGCGUAUCGGAAAUUAAGAUAACAAAUGUCGUUACAACAUCUACGGUUACAAUAUUAAAUUCCACUAGUUUACAUAAAUUCAAUCCCGUUAAAAAAUUAGAAUCCGAACCGACCAAACCGAAUAUCAUCAAUAAAAGUAUUAGUAAUAUACAAAGACCUGGAACUCCAACGUCUACGACAAAACCGCUCGCAAUGAGAGCUAAAACAUUGAUUAGUGAAACCGGCGUGAAACCCCCAUGUUACCAACCGAGGACAGUAUACGGAUCAUCCAUUAAUGUCCCUAAAACUUUAACAUCGACCACUACACUUUCAAUUGUUAGUGGAAGUGUUGAUAUUCCAACAACAGCAGAUGUGAAAUCAACACCAAAAGUAUCAGUUUCACAAAAAGUAGAAAAAUCAGUUGCUGUUACUUCAGUUCAACAUUCCCAGUCAAAUCAAAACAACAACAAAAUCCCCAUGACGACUCAGCCAUCUCAAUUAAUACAAAAUGCUCUUAAUAAAGAUUCAACAGCCAAUCAACAAUCCACUAUCGGUACAAAUAAAAUUCAAAAUAUCACCGGAAUUCGACCAAUUUAUUCUGAUUCGGGCAAAUGUACAGUAUUAAGUGUUCAUACUUUCCCACCACCUCAAACAACACAGGGUAUAAACGUCAAAACUACUAGUUCAACACAACUACAAACGUCCCAGGUUGUUACUAGUAUUACCAAUGCAGUUGGUAAAACAACAAUUGCAGUAACUACCAGUCCACCUCAAAUUACAUCUAACAAAGUAUCUAAUAUCAAAACUAAACCCAGUACUCCAAUAGGUUACAAAACUUUAAGGGAUCCACCGAAAAGUUGGAAUUCCCAAAUAUCCAAAGCCAAUAUCAGCAAAUCGAGUCCGGAUCCGAAAUUUUCCGAUCUGAAAAACGUCAGACCAGCAAAGUUUUUCAAAAUGAGAAACAAUCUUCCAAGAUAUUUGGGUAAUCCUGCUUCUGGAGUAAAACCUAUGUACCAAGUCCAGGCUAGUCCUGAAAAAGAUAAAACUACCGAGUCAGUUAAAACGGACAAAAGUGAAAUCAAGAAGCACUCAAUCGUGAAAAUUGAUCCGAAAACUUUGAAACCCGUAUCGGAGAAAGCUCCUGAAACGACAAGUCUCAGUAACCAAAGUAUCACCAAUCAAAAUUUGAAUAGCCACAUGUCAGGACAGUUAUACCAAACCCAGUGCCUAAAUAGUAAUUUGAAUAUUCCUAACAGUCCUGGUAUUAAUCUACAGAACGAUUUAAAGAUAAAUACUAGUUCAGUUUCUAUUUUUAAUCCCCUCAAGUUACAAAGUUCCCCUAAGAACGAAAGGAGAUCACCAAAAAGUCCUCAUUCGCCCAAAAUGAAAUCCUCCAAUUCCCCCACUGGGAAUAAAAGAGAUAAGGUAAAUUUAAACUUUACUCCACCGAAUCCCUUCGUUCCCAACAUACCUUCAAAAACAUUGAGUCCCACUCAGUUUAUCUAUCCUAACAUGCCCCCGGGAUUCACUCCUUACGAUCCACGAGUCAUGGCCGCUUACUACAGCCAGUGGUACGGUCAGCGGAUUGCUUUUCCUCCAGCAGCUCUUCCCGGACUUAACCUAGAUCUGAAUCAAAGGAAGGGUUUGGAUAUUCUGACAUCUCCAAGCAGUCCUAAAAUAGAUCCGUUGACGCAAUCGAUGCUCAAUCAUCAAAUGCCCAUACGACCACCACCUUUAGCGUCUACCAGUACAACCCCUCUACCAAGGAGCCAUAAUACUUCUCUAUCUUCCCCGACGAUUACCAAACCACCGUCGGUUUCGAAGAAAUCAUGGAAAGAGUCGAAAAACGAUAAGAGUCUGGAAACGGUAGUGGAAAAAAUGACCCAGAACCUCAAUAAAUUGACCGGUCAAAUCCAUCAAGAUGCGAGUAGUCAGCGUGCUAAAGAGGUUGAAGUUAAAAAGACGGAAAUGGAGAAGAAUUCCCCUAGGAUAGAGGAAAAAGUCGAAAAAGAAAAUAGCGAUGGUAAUAGUGAUAAUUUGGUGAAAAUUGUGGACCAAAAACGUGAGCUCAAUAAAAUUAAUAAUGGCAACGACAAAGUCGAUAAUGGAACAAAUCGAUUAUCGAAUGUUGCCGAAAGUGAUACUGAUGUGAAUGUACCGGUUAGCGAUAAUUCUAAUAAUAAAGAGGAAACAAAAGUAGAAAAGCCCUUAACGUCUACUCCACAACCUCCAAUCAUACUUAACGCUACUGUCGCGACGGUACUCGAUACCAGUGAUAACAGUAUAUCGACAAAAGAAUCUAACGACAAAGAAGACACCGUCAAAGAAAUCACGGAUGAAAAGUCCGAAGUGAAAACAAAACAAGAAACCAAGAUAAACGACGACGUAAGUGAUAUGAUUAAAGAUAGUAGGCAAACGGAGUUGAAAGAAAAAGAGUGAGUAGUAGAUUUGUACAUUGUAUAUACGGGGUUUUUUUUGUUGAAUAUUUUUAAUAUAUUUAUAAUGAUAGUCGUUCAAACAACACUUAGGAAGAUUUUCGUUGAUAUAAAACAAAAACAUAUCUACUGCUAGUAUUCUCUGUUUUCCUUUAGAAAAUAUUUUAAACUGAACACUCGGUUUACUACAAUCGUGUAAACGCUCACGAUAACACGUUUCGAUAGCUAUUCCGUCAUCUUCAGAAAUAUCGUAGCGAGUUUGAAUCCCCGAAGAUGAUAGAAUAGCUAUCGAAACGUGUAAUCGUGAGUGUAGCUGUAGUGGUGAUAAUAGUGUUUUCAAUUUGUUGUUUCACAGAAAAAUUACAGGACGUCGUGAUAUUGUGUAUACUGAUGUCGAAUAACCAGUUUUGAAUAUAAAAAAUUUUUUUUAAAUUACUAAACCGUAUUUAUAUCUAUAUAUGCAUAAUUUCCUGAUGUCUUGUGUUAUAUAAAGUGCGAUUAGUUAGUGUGGAAACUUUCUUUAAUUCGAAACUAACAUUUUUAAGUGAAAUUCUUUAUUUUCUCGUCAAUUUCCCAACAAUCGGUUAAUUAUACCUCGAUGUGGCAUUCUUCACUAGAUCUCUCUUUAUCCUGUUUUUUUGUUGAAUCCCCCGUGCCUUCCUCAAUUUUUUUUAUUCCAGAUCGUCUUUUUAUUCUGUUUUUUCCUUCCCCUUUCAUUAUUUUAAAAUCUGUUUUGCCUCUGCUCCAUCUCUAUUCUCCGCCAUUUAUUCAUAUAUAUUUUUUUAUUUUUUAUUCAAUAGCAUAUUGUUGUAGAUUCCAGAUGAUCUCUUUAUUUGGUACUACUUUUCUGAAUAGAUUAAUUUAUGAUUACUGAUAAUUGACGUUUGACAGUUUCUCGUCGUACAGAACAAAUUUGAGUACUACAGUAACUGUAAUCUAACAAGGCCACUGUUUGUUAGUCUCUCUCGCAGACGAGACCCUCGUUUGCUUCCUUUACAGGUUGACUAUUCUUUGCUAUUCAUAUGACUGGUGACCUAUGACAGAUGUGACAUUAUAAAAUUGACGUUAAGAAUCGUUUUAAUGUUAAACUUUUCAUAGGUUCUAAGAGAUAAGUAUAUAUAUUUAACAGGUUAAAAGGGUUGAUCUUGUUUGGUACUACUCUUACUACUAGUAAGCCUUAAAUAUCAAUUUACAAUCAUCACUGACAAUUGACAUGUGACAGAUUCUUGUCUAACAGAAUAAAUUGGAAUACUUAUUAUUCUGGGUUAAUCUUGUUUGGUACUACUUUUCUUAAUAAGCUUUAAAAGUCAAUUUAUGGUCACUGACAAUUGACGUGUGACAGUUUAUAUAGGGUACACUGGGCCACGAUCGGUUGGUCUUUCUCGAGGACGAGACCGCCGUUUGCUUGCUUUAAAGUUUGACUAUUCUAUGGUAUCGAUAUGACUGUCGACGUCUGACAGUUGUCACAUCAUAGAAUUGGCGCUAAAAAUUGUUAUAAUGUGGUAGUAAGAGGGGAAUUUAACUGGUAAAAGGUGUUUAUUUUGUUGUUUGGUAGUUACUAAUCUUCAUUUUCUUCGUAAGAAUUAUACUCGAAAUAUGAGGUUUUAUUAUCGUCAGUAAUUCAAUACACUUCAUUUCAAGAUGUCAAUCUACUUUUUGUUUCCUCUAGUACAGAUCUUUUUAGAUUCACUAUUCCUUUUGUUGUUAUGUUAAACUGAAGAACUUUUUCCAUUUUCGAAUUAAAGAUUUGUUUAUACACUAUUUUUUCAUAGAAAUAUAUACGUGGCAGUUUUUGCUUGGCUGUUGCAUUUUUAAAUACGUAAGUAAUAUUGCAUUGUAUAACUUUUUAUCUAUUUUUUAUUCGAUUUAUUAAGAAGUCUUCCACUUUUUUUUUAAAUUUUAUUGAAUAUCAAAUGUGCUUAUAACAAUUCCAAAUUCAAUUGGAAAUUUUUUAAUAAUUUGAAUUUUUUUUGCGAGGUAAUUUGAGGUUUUUGAUCAUUAUUCCAGUUUUUUACUAGUUUUAAAUCAAAUCUGUAUUGAUCAUUAUGGUGUUUUCACGUAAAAAUAUAAUAAACAAGCAAAUAUCUAUUUUUUUUAAUAAAUAUCAACUCAAUGCAAUACUCUUACGGAGCUGUAGUAUUGUCUUAACUGUUUAGUAUUUUUAAUUCCUAUACAAAAAAAACAAAGUUUGUCGGGUAUUUGUAUUAUUUUAAAAGUUUUUUGGAAAAAAGUGCCUGGUCCUAAUUAGUGUAGUAAGAGUAAAUUGGUUUUUUGUACAUUAUUAUUGUAAAAUAGCAGCUCUGAGGUGCCUUUGAGACAAUUUUCAUUUUCUAGAUCUUAAGCUUAUGUAUAAAAUAUCAACCAUCAGUUUUAAAUUUAAAUACUCCGCUUUGAUGGACACAUAAAGUUUAUUUCGUUGUUUUUGUCUUGAAGCCAAAUCGUAAAUGUAAGUUUUCCCCCAAUUUAAUGUUUGAUAAGUUCUAAUAAAAGAAAAUCAAAUUUUCAAUGACGUGAGUCAAUUAUUCUGAAUCAACAGCAUUCCACAUCCUUGCAACAUUAAUAAUACAAAAAUUGGGCCUCAAAAGUUUAUUUUUGUAAUCAAGGAGAGGAUCGCCAUUCAAAAGACAAAUUUUCCGGAAAAAUUUCAUUUUACCCUAAAUUUCAAGGAUUUAUAAUAAAAGGGAGAAUGAAGAGUAUUCAAAAGCUACCCCAAAAAUCAUAUUUGUGCAAAUACAUUUCUCACCACCGCUUAAAUAGUGUCAAAAGUUAAAAAAUACUUUGGAGUAAUUAGGGUUUGAUAAAUCUGUGUCUUCUAAAUGAUUAGAAGCUCUUGAGGAGUUGAUAUUCAGUAGAUCUUCGGUUACAAGCUUCCAAGAGUAUCUUUGCUUGACUUACUGCUAUUUUUCUAGUUUUUAUUCUGAAGGGCUUAUUCGUUACUACUUUAUUAAUUCUGUUUGUUAUUUCAUUUCCCUCUACUCCAAUAUGCCCUAGAACUCAUUCUUUUUGAUUACUUAUUCAAUUUAUGCAUUUUCUAACCAGUAGUUCAAAUGUUCAUUCAUUGAUCCUAACCAGCUUGGAUCUUUUUAACAAUAGUUCAAAUGUCCAGUUAUCGAUCAUAACCAGCUUGGAUCUUAUUGCCGGUCGUUCAAAUGAUCAAUCAUCGAUUUUUGUAGAUAAAUGUUCCGAUAUACCGAAUUUAUUUUCCAAAAUAUUCAAUUCAACAAUUUUCUACUAUAAAUAGUUGAAAUGUAUGAACUCAAAUUACUUCUGUAAGAGUUUUGAGGAUGCCUAAUGCAGUUGACAAUAAGUGACCCAUCUUUUAGGGAUUGUAGAUUAAUAAAUAUAAUAGGAAGUAUUUUAUCUAUAUAUUUAUAUUAUAUAUUUUUUGGCUUUUUUCUCAAUUUUUCUUUCGCAUCUCAUUUUAGUCAUUUAAGAGAUAUUUCCUUGAUAAUUUUAAUGAUACUAACAAAAGGGCAAACUUAUGUUUUAAAUGAUUUGUGCCAAUUUGUGUAUAUUUUUCUUUAUUUUUAUCUUUAUCAUGUAAUUUUGUUGUCUAUAAGUAUUGUCCGUUUUUUACAAGAAAAAAAAAUGAAAAUAAUUUGUUUUCGACAAUUUAAAACAAAAUUUAUUCUAUCAAAAAAAAAUAAUAUAUUUAUUAACAAAAAUAUAACUUUAUAUAGAAAAAAUUCCCGAUUUUGUAGCAUUAAAAGUUGUAGAUACAAUUAGCAGAGGUUUCAAGAUGUACACGGAGAGGUUAAAAAGUUUUAAAUCGAAUUCAAGACAAAGUGUAAAAAAAGUAUGUAAAGAAAAUAUCAAGUCAAGGAUUGCAUAUAUUCAUAAUAUACCAACCCCCUGAACCAUUUUGAUAGAAAAACAUCUUUGUUAACUGUUUUUUCAGAGUAUAGGUCUCUUUACUCAACAAAAAUCAAGUAGGUUCUUACUGAACACACUGUUCACUACUACAAUCACCUUUUUUAAAGAUUAUAAUAGUAACAAAUAUCACCAACAGCUGCAGUUGUUCCAAUCUAAGUAGGUUCUUAUCGUCUAAAACAGUUUAAUUUGGAUAUAAUGUUUUGAUUAUAAACUCCUUCUAUGAGUUAACACAAAGAAAACAUUUAAUUCACACAAUUUCCAAUUUCUACGCAACCCAUAUAAUUUUAACGAAACAAGCUUCAAACGUUUCAAAUAAAUUGUAAAUGACAUAGAUGGGCGAGCAAUAUUCCAAGGAUGGAUUAGUCUGGAUCUCAUAGAAGCUAUUGCGGCGUUGAUAUUUAACAGAUCUUCAAUUAUGUGCUUCCAAGAAUGUUUUUUCUUGUCUUAUCCUCUAUAGAAUACCCCCAUUUUUCUAAUAUUUAGUUUAUUGUUGAUUCUCCAGAAUAAUUCAUGUGCUCUGAAGUGUUUGGCCGUUCCCACUUCAGCAAUUGCAUCAUGCGCUAUAAAGUACCCCUAUUUUAAUAGUUUUUCCUCUAUUGUUAAUUCCGCAGAAGGAUUCAUGGACUCUGAAGGGUUAAUCUGUUACUACUUUAGUAAUUCUGUUUGUUAUUUCAUUUCCCUCUACUCCAGUGUGCAACGGAACUUAUUCUUUUUGAUUACUCGUUGAAUUUAUGCAUUCCCUAACCAGUAGUUCAAAUGUUCAAUCAUCGAUUUUUAUAGAUAAAUACCAAAUAUAUUUUUGAAAAUAUAUUUCAGUUUGUAAAUUGUUAGAAUAAUGUUACAAAAUCAUUAUUUUUAUUUUUCUGCUUCGAAAUAAGUACUUUGAUUAAUGUUUUACUUAUUAUUUUACGUGUUUGACAAUUUUUGAAAAAUCUAAAGGUUUCUGUGAUUAUAAUAGAUGAAAAAUGGACAAUUAUUGCUCACAAAGCUUGCGUUUUCUCUUAUCGCGCUAAUAUAUAACAUUAAGACGUUUUUUUUAAUAUUUAAUUGUAAAAUGGAGAUUUUAUUAUUGUACAUUGUAUAUACGGAGAGCACAGAUGAUUUAAUAAUAUUAUUUAUAGUUAAAAAUUUGUUUUAUUUACGUACGAGUUAAAUAAAAUACAUCUAAUGUAUAAAAAAA